AUGGCAAAGGUGAAAGUUCAGGAGCAUAUCCAUCAGCAGCCUGUCACACAGGACGAGGUUCAUUAGAGACAGCAAGGGGCAGAACCUGGACUGGACCCCAGAGAGUCGAACUCCAGGACUGGCACUUUUAGCUCAGGCAUAAUGCUCCAGGCCAUGAUCUCACCUGUCGAUGCCCCACGCUGGCUUGAUGUCUCAGUUCUGGAACAGAGAUGCUCCAGCAGCUACCCGGGAAGGCUCUGGCCAAAAUAUUUAGUUAGCAGCCAUUCAGUUAAGUGGAAUUGA